CAGUCUGCGUCCACGUCGGAAAGUGCGUACUCGACUGCGAUCGCGCUGCCUUCGAGUAGCGACGAAACCCGAGUCAGAAGAGGACUCGCGGGGACGAACAUUCCUAAAAGAAGAUAAAGAAGAGAAGGAGAAGGUGCAGGAGGAAGACGACGACGACGUGAUCUCGACGCUGCGGCUUGUCCACGAGUUACGCAACGUGUAAUGCGACCGAUACAUGUUCGAUCGUCAGCGUUACAUUGUCACGUCGGGAUUGCAGGGAGGAGAGUCCGAUGACGAUGCGCCGUCUCGACGAAGUGCGACUGAGGUUAUGAGAGUGCAUUCUCGAUCAUCCCGCAUUUCAUAAAACGCGAAUCGAUAAUCCACAGGGAAUUCAUGCCUUACGUUCGUUUGACGACGGUGCUCCUGUCGUAAUUAAUGCUGCAUGCGUUCGCGAGAGAAACUAGCAAGGUGAUACGGAUUGGAAAGCAAUGGCGCGACAAGUUGGCAGCGAUUUCUAAGUUUUCAAUCCAAACUAAUCGUUUAUACGUAUCACGUGGUGUGAAACUGAAAAAAAAAACGCCAUUUGUGAGAAAAAAUUCUUUCCAUCACGAAGAUCCCUCUCUCGCGAGCAAGAACUAAGUUCGCCUCUGCAGUGUUUACGAUAUCGUGUAUCACUGCGGCGCCAUUUUGGAUCGCUCGAGCGAGCGACGUGACAUUAGACGGCGGAACGUAACUUUAGUAGUGCUUAUAUCGAGUGCUCGUCUUCGGAACUCCCUCUCCCCGCUAGCCCAUAUUCACACACGAUCGCGUGAAUCGUGUGUAUCGUUUACUCGAUCUCGAGUGAAUUGUGUGUACAUAUAAAUGGCGGCUGACGAACGAUGGUACUUUACGAGAGAGCAGCUUGCAAACACGCCGAGCAGAAGAUUCGGCAUCGACGGGGACAAGGAGCUGAGCUAUCGGCAGCAGGCGGCGAAUUUCAUCCAGGAUAUGGGACAAAGACUCGUGGUAUCACAAUUAUGUAUCAACACAGCCAUAGUUUACAUGCACAGGUUCUACGUGUUCCAUUCACUAACCCAGUUCCACAGAAAUGCUAUUGCUGUCGCGUCACUUUUUUUAGCUGCAAAAGUAGAAGAACAGCCAAGGAAAUUAGAACAUGUCAUCAAAAUGGCAUACAUGUGUCUUCACAGAGAUCAACCACCACCUGACAGUAGAUCUGAGCAAUUUCUUGAACAAGCUCAAGAUUUGGUGUUCAAUGAAAAUGCUCUUCUACAGACGUUAGGGUUUGAUGUUGCCAUUGAUCAUCCACACACUCAUGUUGUCAGAUGCUGUCAAUUAGUGAAAGCAAGCAAAGAAUUAGCUCAAACUUCAUACUUUAUGGCAUCUAACAGUCUACAUUUGACGACAAUGUGUCUGCAAUAUAAGCCCACAGUUGUUGCCUGCUUUUGUAUACAUCUCGCAUGUAAAUGGUCUAACUGGGAGAUACCUCAAAGUACUGAAGGAAGACAAUGGUUUUGGUAUGUAGAUAAGACUGUAACUGCAGAUUUACUUCAAGAACUCACAGAUGAGUUUCUGCACAUAUUCGACAAAUGUCCAUCAAGAUUGAAGAGGAAAAUUAUGAGUAUUUCUGCAAGUCAAAGUCCAAGCAUUCAUCAUCCAAGUCUACCGAAUUCUCCAUUUGAUACUGAACCGCGUAGAGUACAAUCUCCGGCAGUGCCGACUGACACUGCUGCUGCUGCUGUCGCUCAUUUAAUUCGUUCUCAUCACUCGGUGGAUAGUACUGCCACUGCUUCCGCUGCUCAUUCGAAUCGAGCCCAUCAUACAACAGACAACAUAGCCUCCACUUCUACCACUACCGCCUCCAUUGCUGCCAGUGCUCAUUCGAGUCGCUCUCAUCACGCGGCGGACGGCGCCGUCGCUCAUUUGAAUCGUUCUUCUCAUCAUACGACAGACGGUGCUAUCGCAGUCGGUCAUUCGAGUCGUUCUCAUCACACCCAACAGGAGAAACAGGAUGAGAAGAAAACCGGGGCCGCCGCGGGAAUAUCGACGUCGAGAGCGGCGACGAUGGAUUAUCGAGAAUAUCGUGAGAAAAAGGAACGUGAGCGUUUGGAGCGGGAAAAGGCAGUGGCAGCUGUGGCAGCUGUGGCAAUUGGUCACGUUGCCGAUCCUAAUAAGCCUCCUCACCAUUCGCAUCAUCAUAAGCCCAUGUCGAACGUAAGCGUGCCGAAUAAGCACCAGAUGCCGGUGCAAAAGAGCACGAGCCUUCAUCAUAAUCAUCAUCAUCGACCAGACAUGAAGGUCGGUCAACCGGUGCCACAGAGGCAUUCCGCCAGUGGUCAUCCUAGAGAACCUAAUCGCGAUUCCAAUAGGCAACGGUUAUCGAGAGAACAUAAUACUGGUGCAACAGGCACAAAUGUCAGUAUCGGGCAUUCGUCACACACUCACGCCAACUUAGACAAUUCUUUAUCUGAUUCUGUGUCUCAUCGAUCAGACGCCAGCAGUGCUACGCAAGAUUCUUCGGGAUAUGGCAGUUUGCAAGAGAAGAUAAGUAACAAUAACCAUAGUGGACAUAGACUGAACGCACUUGAUAGCAAACAUCAAGUGCAUGAUAAAAGAUUGUAUCGAGGAGAGGAUCCACGGCUCAAGUCUGCCAAAUAUCCAGAUAUAAAUAGAAUCGAGAAUCAACGACGAAAGACAGAAACAUUGGAACAAAGAUGCGAGGAAGUGCGGAAAUUGAUUGAGAAACCGUUGCCGCCACCGAAACAGGACAUGCCGUACCUGAUGAAUGCGCAGCAGAAACAACAGGCGCAUCACUCUAAAUACAAUCAGCAGCAGGAUAAGUCGCAAAAUAGUUCAUUCACGAGCGACACGAAGCACGUGGCGACUAUCAGUCAGAAUGCGCUUUCUCAGGAUGUAUCGCCGAGUGCUUUGUCAUCACAAAUGACGCAAAAGUCUGCGCCUGCUAAGGCGCAAAUAUACAAUCAACAUACUGCGCAGGGUGUGUCCCAGAUUCUUAAGGACACUAUCAAAAAUGGCAAUUCCCAGUCCUGUCUGAAUUUGAAUAACAUGGAUGAUCCAAAAUCGGAAAAACGACCGCGAACUAUUGUGCACGAGGAUCCCACCGAGAGGAAUUCUGUCGACAUACAGCAGAGCUCACAUUUGCAUACACCGCCUGGUAAGCACAAAUCUCUUUUCAGUCCAGAGACGCCAACCACGCCAAGAGAAUCGCAUAUUCAAGGUGCUGCAAAGCCUAAAUCAAAGCAAAAAAUGCCACUUUCCGCAGCCACGAAGGUGAAGGAACGCGUGUCGCCGUUCGCAAAUUCCCCGACUUCGCAAGACACGUCAGCGAUGAAACGAUCAUCCUCCAGCGAUGGGAUGACAUUCGCGCAUAAGAGAGUCCGUACAUCGAGUAUUAGCGAAAGCGAACAGCCUGUGAAAAAAAUCGAGAAAAAGAUGGAAGAUACAUCCAGUCUGGAGGCGAUGAAAAUGCUCGGCCGCGUACCCGACUUGAUACAACCAAUACGCGACAAUCCAUCAACGUCUAAUACCAGAAACAGCAGCGCAUCGUCUGUCAUUAAUGAUCUGAAGCCGCCGGAGCUCAUAAAACCGUUCGACUCGGAUCCACCGCGUUUCAAUGCGAUCGCGCAGCAAAAAACCUCGUCACUAAAUGUGCACACGCUGACAAACGGUAUGGAUCUUAAUGUGAUAAAGCACGAAUUUCCGGAACAACGCGUGAAAAGGGAACUCUUGGAGUUUUAUAUAGACAAGGAACAACCGACGCACAGGCCUUCGGAAAUGUCGUUGCAUUCUCACUUGCAGCCGAAACUCGAAUACUCGUCGCCGAUCAAAUCCGCGCAGAGUAUAAGUGCAUUACUUCAAGAACCAUUGGCGCCGAUGCCAUCGUUGUUACAGGGCCUGCAACAGGUUGGACAAAUACCUUCUCAGCAAGUGCACCAAGAACAACUACAGCAGCAUCAGCAACAAUCUGUUCAUCAUUCGUUGAUGGAUCAUCAGCUGCCAGUGACAACUCCUUGCUUGUCUAUACCGACCAUGAGUGAUAAUUUCACGUCAAUAGCUUCAACGGUCGAUAUCAGUGUUCUUUCCGACAGUGUGCCGAUGAUGCUGCCAAAUAACGAUAAUAAUGUGGCAGAACCGGCAAUGCCAACAAUCUCCGGACCAGUUCAGAUAAUUCCCUCGACUGAAGAGAAGCGAUCUGAACAUCACAAGAGUGAAAAAAAGAAGAAGAAGGAAAAACACAAGCACAAAGAUAAAGACAAGAGUAAAGAGAAACAUAAGCAUAAACAUAAGGACAAGGACAAGGACAGGCACCGGGAGAAAAAGGAGAGAAGUGAGGAGACAUCGGCAGCGGCGCCCAUUAAGAUUACGAUCCCUAAGGAUAAAUUGAACCUGAGCACGGAAACAUCGUCCACUAUGCUUAAUGCAGGUUCCAGCUCGUCGGAGAAUAAAAACAUAUCACCGCAGGGCACGGGCUUAAAGAUCAAGAUACCGAAGGAACGACUCAAGGGCACCGACAAUGUGUCUAAUUCGCCCGCGCAGCUACCAGUGGUACAAGGUUCGCUAAAGAUCAAAAUACGUACCGACGGUAUUUCCAGGAGUUCCGCGCCGCCGCCGACAUCGUCAUCGACGAACGGUUCGAGCAGCUCUGCCCAAUUUUCUUCCGAAUUAUCCACGAAUGAACCAACGACUCGGAAGCGUUUCGUCGAGAUGACCGGCAACAGUUCGGUGAUCCUCGGUAGCAGUUCCUCGUUGCCUACAACAAAGAAGCAGACGGUGAUGAUACCUGCGACGGGUUACGGCCAGAGCCACCGACCUGGAGAACGGCAGAACGGCAGACAUUAUAACUCCGGCAGCAAUAAUAAGGAAAGACACACGUCCAGCCAUCACAAAAGCGCCAACAAGCUAUCGCAAUCUCAGCAGUUCCAUGCGACGUAGUAUGCUGUUGGACUAAAUAAUAAGGGAGUGUUCCGAGUGAUCUGUCCACUUUGAAGAGGAAAGAGUGAGUGAAUUUCAAAUAGCGAAAGCUUAUUGAACAGACGGAUUUCGUCAAGAAAGAAAUAUGUAUCGAUAUAUCUUGGAAAUAUUUGAUGAAUAUCUGGGAGAUAUCAUCUGAUUUGCUAUACAAUCGAUUGUUUGCUUCAAUAAGGAUUACCUCUUCACUCCAUCGUUCUCUUUCCCACCUUCUCUUUUCGUUUAUACAUUUUUUCACUUUCUUUUUCGAAAGAAAACUUGUACAGUUAUCGCAAAGUAAUUAGAAAUAUUUUACAUUAGCUGAAAUUUUUAAAGAAAUGACAAAACGUUGUGAAAUAAAAAAUAUGAAUAAGAAAGGUAAAAAUUAUAAUGAGCCAGAUAUUAAUUCGUUCAUGAUUACGAAUAAUGUUUUCAUUCACUUGUCUUUCUUUCACUUAUACAGUAAAUAUGUUAUAAUUGAAUAUUGAUCCUUAAACGGAGAUGAUCCUUGUUGAUUUGCAAGACUGAGAACGAUGUUCCAUCGCGCGUCAUGUUCCUAAAUGAUAAUCUGUUAGCAAUGAUUUGCGUGAUAAUACAUGACGGACUUAUUGCGAUUGUAAAUGUUGAUGUUGAACACCUCGCUAUUUUUUACGCAAAGCCUUAUUUAUUUGUUAUAUCUGAUUGAAUUAUAUCUGAAUUGAAUGUGUCAAAGUUAUUUUUAAUUUAUGUUAGUUUUUCUCUUCCUCUUUUUUUCAAAUUUCAAAUGAUUGAUAAUUAUUGUAUUAUUUACAGUUGUCAAUUUUUCACAAGGAAAAGUACAAGCUAACUUUACUUGCUAAACCAAAGAAUAUUAAAGAAAUAUCCUUUAAUAAUCAACUCGUGCAAAAAUAGCGAGGUAUUGAGAGUCGAUAUAAUAGAUAUAGAGAGUCGCAAUAGAAAGCAGUUAAUAUAUUGCUUUGUAAGGAAUGUACAGGAACAACAGUAUGGCUAUAGAUUGUGAUUUAGACAAAACAGAAAAAGAAAGAUUAGUGAAGAGAUUUUGUAAGCCUGACGAGACUUUGUGAAGACAGAAUCUUAAUAACAAAAAAAAAAGGGAAAAAAAAGAAAAGAAAAUCGAAGAUUGCAUUCUUAGAUUCUUUCUUCGCACUAUUUCGUUGUCUUAGAUAUUUCAUACUUAUUACGUUCCUCACUCGAAGGAAUGUAAAUAUUCAUCGCCGAAUAUUCUUGGCCCGUAAAUUGAUCGCCAAACUUCGUUGCAGAGGAAAAUUUGGCAAUUAAUUUUGGAAGUUUAAUUUAUAGCUAUGUCCAAUGAAAAUUUUUAAGUAGGUCAUUAUAUAAUAGUAAAAACUCCCCACGAUGCGAUUCAAUUCGCUCGAUUCGGGAUAGAUAGAUGGAAAAUUGCAUACUUGUAUUAUAUUAGAACUAUAUCCUUACAUAUAAAUGCGCAAGAUGUUGUAAGUUUCUUUUCUAAGUAAAAUAGUAGUCUUAUUAUAUUAAUUAAGAGUCGUUUUUCCUGACUCCAAGUACGUUACGCAUUUAAUAAUGCCUUAUUUCCGGCUGUGUUUUAAUUGAUAUGUUCUCUUUCAUUUCCUUUCACAUAUGCAUCGUCAGCAUGAAGAUGUCAUAGAGAGAUAUGUCAUAUACACAUUCAUAUUUUUUCACAUAAUAAUUUAACAUUCUUAAAUCCUCCAGUUUUGACAACUUACUUCAUCAAAGUCAAUUUUAUCGAUGCUACAUUUUGUUAAUGAUUGUUCCGCGAGAUAAAUCCAUCAACUAUCUCUACAACGAAACGAUCGAUUUAAAUAAGAGGAAACAAACGCGUACACACACACAUUCACAAAUGCAGUGAAAUAUCUGCUAAAUAUUUAUAUUCGUCUUAUUAUCCUGUAAAUAGUUCUCUACCUGCAUAAUGUAGUAAGUAAAUAUAAUACCCUAUUAUGUAAGUUAUAAAGUAAGUUAGUUUAUAAAGAAUGAUAGAGUAAUAUUGAUAUUAUCAACAGACUGUAAAUAAAAUUAUUUUGUAUGCCAAAAGAAACCAAAUGAGAGUAAAUUACUUCGGUGCACAGUAUCACGCAUAGUUGAAUGCGUACAAGAGACGCGUAUAUAUGCACGAACACACACGAAUCAAAUGCUCUUUAAAGAUGUAUAGUUACGCGCAAUUAUCUGCAAAAUCAAUGUAUAUGUGCGUGAUGAUUUGUGUCGAUCGAUAAUACGUGCCGAUUAUACUUUGUUAAGCGGUAUACGAUAUCAUAGUAUAUUAAAAUACAUUCGUUCGGACGAUCGUUUAACCAUAUUUUUUUUUUAAAUAACGAUCGACUUAAGUUAAGCCUGACUUAAAUGUCAAUUACAUAAAAAGUUAAGUAUAAAAUUAUAUUACGUGCGCAUUGUAUCCAGCAACAAGAUAAGAGAAAGAGAUAUGAUAACUAUUGCGUUUUUUAUAUGUAUAUAUAAGAAGCAUUUUUUUAUUAUCGAAAGGUUUAUGUAUUGAAAGCCGAAAAGAAUCCAAUAUUAGAUUGAUUAUCGUCGAUUAACGUUGGAUGAAUUUUCAUUAGGAUGUUUUUUUUUCGCUCUGUCGUGAAUGAUUUGCACGCAUAACUGCAUGUUUUAUUCCUCCUCUUUUUUUGUUCUUUUUUAGUAUGCGAAUAUUUGUGUUCCUCAAUCGACAUACGCGGAACGCGUACGACGAAUCGUAUCUAUCGACAAUAUCGUAUAUGAUCUGAAAACGAAUUAAUGCAAAAAUGCAUUAUUACGGCAAUGUCCUUCGUCGUACGAUGAAAUAGAUUGUCAAGCGACGAUCGAAUAAUCGGCGCAAUAAAAUCGCAGUGCUGCGUUUCGCAUAAUAUGGCGGGAAUAUUUUUAAUUCUUAUUACGGUAGAAAAUAUAGCGGAACGGCAAGUCUAUUUUAUCGCGCCGAUGCAAUAUUUUUGGCGAAAGUUAUCGAGAGAAGAAGAGAAAAGAGAGUACGAUAGAACUAGAUUAUAUUUUUUUUAGCAAUUUUCUUUCGUUAAUAACACUUUUCGUUAUCCUCUCGGUUGCCUAGACAUUUAUAGUUAAUUCAUUUUGCUAGUAUAUGUAAUUAUCACAAUUAUGGGAUCAAUACGAGCUAUUGUAUGAAGCGUUACAUGCAACUCAUGAUAAAAAUAAUAUAAUAUUAUAAUUAUAUAUAUAAUAUUUUCAUUUUCUUCUUUUUUUUUCUUGCAUAUAAAAAAUGUAAUGAAAAUUUGCUCACAUAAUUGUGGAAAAUUUUUGACAAAAUAUUUAUCAACGGUAAUAGAUUCUAUUAAUUGCAGUCGAAAAAGAUAAAUAUUUUUUAUAUAUUUAAUUAAUAUUAAUAUAUUAAUAUUAAUUAUUUUCUUAUAUAAAUACUUAAAACGCUGCUUCAUCCAAUAGCUCGUAUCUAAAACCAUAAAGUAACGAGGACAUUGUCCGAAUAUUAAAUUGCGAGUGCGUUAAUGAAACGGACGGCUAAUUACGCCCUUAGGAGGAAUGGGCGACUAGUGAAAGUUAAUAGGAAUCUUGUCCACAAUACUGUACAUAAUAACUUUAGUUAUAAGGAUUUAGAGGAAAAAAAAUAACAACCUGUACACAGCGAGAGGAAGGAAUGUAACUCAUUAUUACCGCUCGUAAACCGUGUGCGUUUUGCGAUUUGCCGUGAAUGUCCUCGAUCACGGUCAAACAAACUUUUUCAUUUUAUUCGCACGAGACAUUAUCAUUAUAUAAUGUACGCUAGUAAUACAAAAGUGUGACAUUUUUUUUUCAAAUUUACCUCAGAACCAUAAUAGAACCGCCGUCACUUCGGUUUAUUUUUACUUUUUAAUUCAGAGUUAUGAUUCAUGACUCCAAAUUGUAGACAUGGUUCAAAUUUGAAUUUUUGGCGCGAUCGAGGACCCGGUUGAACCGAGCCGAGUUUGCCUUUAAGGCGGCGUUCAAAAAAAGUUAUCCUCAAUAAAGAGAGAAACAAAGGAUCAUUAAAGCAUA